AACGAAGAGGAGCUACGUCACUUCCGGAAUGCUGGGAAGACCUGAUGACAGCUGGUUUGUUUUCAUCAACAAGGACGCUCCACGGUGGAUUAUCCAGGGUCACGCUGAGAAUGCUCUCCCGUGCGUGAGGUCAAACUUCAGGCCAAAGACGAGCAGCACAUCCCUGGGACCUGUCCUGCCUGGAUGCCCUUUGCAUCAGCAGCAGAGGUCAGCAGCAGUUCUUUUAUCCUUGUUCUGAAAACCAAGCAGAACUUUGCUCCUGAACGCAGUGAUCCAAAACAAAUGGUGUUUCUGAAGGACCUUCAGCACAGGAACACAGGAAGGUGCUGAGCUGUCCCAUCAUCAGGGCUCAUUUCAGUGAAAGCCUGUCAGAACUGAAAGUCAUUCUCCUUCAGAGCUGAGGCGAGGUGCCCGUUGAUGAGAAAGAGCCAUGGAGCCACCAGGGGACAAUGGGGGCUGUUCGUUUGUUGAGGCGCUCAAUGAGAAGUACAGCCCGGAGAACUUUCCGUGCCGCAGAGGGCCUGGGAUGGGCAUGGUGGUGAUUCCCACUGCUGGUGUUCAGGGCUCCCCCAUGAAAGAUCGCCUGAACCUGCCCAGCAUCCUGGUGCUGCACAGCUGUGGCAUCAGCAGAGCAGGAGAUCAGGCGGAGAUCGCUGCCUUCUGCUCCCAUGUCAUGGAGGUGGACCUGUCUCACAACAAGCUGCAGGACUGGAAUGAGAUCAGUAAAAUUGUUGUAAAUAUUCCCAACUUGGAGUUCAUUAACUUGAGCUCCAACCCGCUGGCCGAGUCCCGUCUGGAGCCUCACGUGGCUCAAGCCUUUUCGCGCGUUCGCCGCCUGGUCCUAAACAACACUCAGAUCUCCUGGGAUGCUGUGCUUCAGCUGACUCAACAGAUCCCAGAGCUGGAGGAGUUGUUUCUGUGCCUUAAUGAGUACAGCAGUGUGAGGACCUCCAGCCCCGCCUGCCCCACGCUGCGCCUCCUGCACAUCACAGACAACAGACUGCACGACUGGGCGGAAGUCCGCAAGUUCGGCUCCAUGUUUCCCAGCCUGGAGACGCUGGUCAUGGCCAACAAUAACUUGGCGUCCAUCCAGGACAGCAAAGACGUCCUUCAGCGGCUCUUCCCCAACCUCCGCAGCAUUAAUCUUCACAACUCAGGUCUAAACCGAUGGGAAGAUGUUGAGAAGCUCAACUUCUUCCCUAAGCUGGAGGAGGUGCGGCUGCGGGGGAUUCCUUUACUGCAGGCAUACACCAAUGCAGAGUGUCGCAGCCUCAUGGUGGCACGACUUCCCUCCGUUUCCAUGCUGAAUGGCAGCGUUGUGACUGACAGUGAGCGGGAAGAUGCAGAGAGGUUCUUCAUCCGUUACUACUUGGACUGCCCUGAGAGAGACCUGCCUUACAGAUACCAUUCCCUCGUUACAAAGUACGGGAAGUUGGAGCCGCUGGCUGAGAUCAACCUAAAGCCUCGCUGCAGAGCCCGGGUGGAGGUGCAUUGUGAGGAGAAAGUAGAGCAUCUUAGUAUCCGCUUGGACCAGACGGUAGCAGAGCUGCGGAAGCAACUGACCAAAGUGGUCCAGCUGUCCACCAAAAGCAUGAGACUUUACUACAUCAACAAGGACAGCGCCUUUGGUCCAGAGGAAAUGAAGUACAACACUCGAGCACUGCACUCCUACAGCAUCCAAGAUGGAGAUGAGAUCCUGGUGGUGCCUAAAACCAAGUGAAGAGCCGCUCUGAGGCGAGCAGGAAGCAGCCCUGUUUGUGUUCAUUUCUGAGCUGCUAUCAAGUAAAAGUGAUGACUGGAGCAGCAAUGCUGUUCCCCCUCCUCCCCCAAAAAAGGGAAAAACAUUGUUUAAGAAAAAAAAGGAAAGCAGACGUGUUACACUGAAUGAGCUGAAAGCAGCAGAGCAAGCUCACGUUAGCUCUCUGCUUCACAACACGCUCAUAGUAAGAGCCACGAGUUGACAGGUGGACAUGUCGCUCUCACCUGCACUUUUACCUGAGGGGCGGGGCUAUGGAGGAAACAGCCCAAAACGCUGUCUGUGGGUGCAACACUUGACAGGCAUUUUAUGCAGUUGUAGCUAACUUCCAAAGUUAGAAAUGCUAAGUCGUAUUUAUGAAAAAAAAGGAAAUUUCUUUAAUAAUGAGGAAUUUUAAUCUAGCGGUGCAAAGUGAGCAAAACUCUAACACCCUAUGAACUAAAACUUGUAGUAAUGUAAAGCAUUUUAUUCUACGAAGAAUUCUAAUUUAUACAGUUUCUCCUUUUUGUGUUCAUAACUUUAUCGUGUACUUAAUCAAUAUACAGAUAAAUGAUCAAACAGCCACUCUAUACUGUGUAAUCUUUCGAAUGCGUCAUGGUUGGAUCUAACAUGUUGUAAACCAGGCAUAUAGUCUUAUUAUAGAAGAUAAACGGAAUAGAAAAAAUAGACAUAAUAUAUGCAAACAAUGAAUGAGUAAAAGGAAAAUUGUUGAAGGGAAGGUUUAGCUAAAGUGUGAUGCUGUAUGUCGUCAGGUUUCAGGGAUCACCAUAAAUCAAUCAAUUUCAAAGUAAAAUGUUCCUGCACAUCAGCCACUGAAAGUCUGACAUUUCUGUAGAUUCAACAGAUUAACAAACUCCUGGGGCAAGCCUGGACCAAAGUGAUGGGACCCAAAAUAUUUUGUGCUCAUUAUUUUGAAGAAAUCACCACAGACAACCUAGAUAAAUGUUGGUCAGUCAGUCUUCUUCACCUGUCAGCAGAUGCUUUGGUCCACUUCAGGUUUGGGGGUUUCCUUAUCCAGAUUCACUUCAUUUCUAUUUUAUAUAUUGCCUAAAAUCACAUUGUCUCAAUGGGCUUCAAACCAAUUAUUGUACAAAAUGAUAGAAUCAGCUAAAUAUGAACAACAGCUAAUUGCUAAACUGAACUACACAGACUGUAAUCUUCAAAGGUCACUUCAAUAAUGGUUUGCUCUCAGCUAAAUAUUGGUGUUUUUUAGGGAUAGAACAAUUCAUUUUACCAACGAUUUUAUUCAUAUCGUAAUUUGUGGUUGACGAUACAAUUCAUAGUCGUUAUUGGUUUAUUCUGUACGAUCCGAUUUGAACCGAUUCAUUGAGGUAAAAUCGAUCCAGGACAUCUUUAGCCAAAAAUUCAACCAGUGUGACUCCGAGAGAAAUACCUGUGUACUGAAGAGUGCAGCUGAAGUUUUCCAGAUUCCCUGUAUUUCUUGCAAGAUAAUCAAGUGUAAAUUAAACGUGAACAAACAAACAAGGAAACAUGAAUUGAUGGGAAAUUCUUUCACAUUUUAGUUUCAUAAAGUUCAGCCCAAUUUUGUUUUUCCUCAUCAAAAUAAUACAAACGGGACAAUAUUAGAACAUUCCUCCACAUUGUAUGGUAUGAUGAUAUCUUUUUAAAAGUCAGUGGUUCCACACAUUGGACUGUAAUGAUGGGUGGAUCAGUUUUUGUUUUCUAAUGGUAUAGGUCGAUUUGAUUCUAUUCGAUUAACAACUUGCCUCAGACAGAUCGAUCUGGUUGGGUAAGUCGAUUAAUCGUUAAACCAUUUAUGCUGGAAGAUCUCUGAUCUGUGAACUUUCUGACAUGAAUCGGAACAUUUCAGUCCAGAAAACUUUGAUCAUUUUGAAGCAAUCUGCAAAGUUUUAAGACACUGUGGCAGACCAAGCAAAGCAGCCCCAGACCAUAAUGGAGCCUCUUCCGUGUUUCACUGUAGGAACUUUCUUCUGUGCUUCAUUGUAUGAACAUUUAGCUUUAGUCUCUUCUUUUAUUUUAUUGUAUUUACUCUUAAAGUAUUUUUCUUUUUUUUGUCUUAUCUGACACUGAUGUAACUUAAUCUCUUUGGGGGUUUUCCUGGGCUCUUUGGUUACCAUUUACCAGAUGAUCUGUCUGGGAGGGGGGGGGGUUCUGCAGUUUUCCUCUUUCAGCCUUGUCCAGGGAAGUUGUCUUUAAUCCUGUGGACCAUAACCUUCUGCAUAAUCUGUACAGCUGCAGUCAUAGGAACACCAAACUUCUGGGAGAUUCUCUCAGACUCACUUAUCCCAAAUUGAAGACACCUGUGAUGCAGACUCACUUCGAGUCUAACGUGUCUUAAAGCUCACGAUUCUCUUCCAGAGGUGCCAUCAUUUUUGUCCAGACUUGUCUCUUUAGUUUCCUGGCAAAUUAACUGAUUUUCAUUAAAGUUGUUUUUUUAUGAGGGACUUCAACUGUUGAGGGCAGCACACGACAGCUUCCACCUACAGCUGCCCACUACAGAUUUCUACUUGCAGGAGACCGAAAGACAAUCUAUUCCAGGAAUUUUCCUGAUUCUAUUCAGAGCACAUUGUUUGUCAGAGGAAUUCUUUAGAUAUCAUCUGAUUUUUCAGUGAUUUUCACCUUUUAUACUUUAGACCUUUUUUAUAGCAGUCAUGUGCAUUAGAUUAUAGUUUUCUCCCCUGUCACCAAUAGAAUUUCACAUUUAAAGAAUUGUCCUAAAUGUAAACAACUUUUUAUCUAAGUGUUUAAACUAUAAUAAUGGUAAUUUAUUUGUGCUGUUCCACAUUCUCUAAAGUUUAGUCAACCUUGCACCAGAAUGUUACUCCAGUUUUAAAUGUAUUCCUGCUAACCACAAAUUAGUAUAGGACAGGACUUCUCGGCGAAAUAAUGAUAAUGUUCACAGUCUCAGCAUACAUUGAAGCAGAAGAGUUUCAUCUACAAAGCAUCGCUCUACUUACCUCUCCUGUGAACAGAAACUGAGAAUAAAUUUCACAAUUAACAAAA